GCCUGCUCUCCCUCUGAGCACUUCCACUCCGCUCAGCUCCUGUGAAAACUCUGUGUGUGUGAACUCCUCGCGUGUGUGUGUUAAGAAGAGUUUUAUGUGUGUGCAUUGGGUUGUGUGUUUUUCUAAGUGGAGCUGGAGUGCAGCCGUUCAUCAGUGGAGCUGACUGCAGACAGGGGAAUACUCAGAUCUCACUGCGCUGCUUUUUAACUCACACACCGGCUGCUUUUUGGACUCUUUUAAGACUCACUGGACUUUUUUUACACCAAGUGGGACUCUGCUGCUGCUCUCUUUCUGCCCUCCAGGCACCAUUCCCAUCACUGGAAUUACUCAAGACUUUUUUCACAGCUUUCUGAAAAUAUUUUUUACAGGAAUUUCUACCUGCCUCGUUCUUAAUUUUUAUUUAUCCCACACUUUAUGGACUUUCAAGAUUCAACAUCAGCUGUUUCCACCUGCCUCCAGAAUAACUUUUCUAUGUAUUCUCAUUGAAUUUAGACAUGCACAAGCCUGAGAAUGAGUGCAAGCACAUAACGAGAGCUCAGUGAGUGUGUGUAGGUGUGUAUACAGCACUCUCUAUACUGUGAGCAUAUAAUCAAGAGGGCUUAUCUCAUAUACAGACAUUUGUUUUGUUUUUUAUUGCAAUAGAAAGAUCAUGAGCAGUCAAACAGAAAAAAUCAGUACAGUAACUAUGGAAACAGUCAGUGCUGUCAGUGGCAUGUUGGGCUCAGGUGGACACUGAUCCCGACUCGGAAUGUUCUGAACUCUUUUGGAAUUUGGUUCCCCUGGAAACGGAUGGACAGGUCUCUAUGCCCAUGUGUGACGUUUUUGUGCCGUCUUGGAUGUGAGAGGUGAACUUGGUCGUCCUUCACGGGAGGAGCAGUGGAUCUGCCAAGACAACUCUUCAGAACCAAGGAGGACAUUAUAAAGAGUACACUGAUAAUUAAGAACUUGAAAGGAAGACUGGAAAAGUCUGAAGCUCUGCUAAAGCAAACAACAAGAGGGAAGAUCUGUGUUGGGUUUCCAAACCAGUCCAAAGAUUUUCUACAGCAACCUUUGAAAGGAAGAAGUUUUCCAAAAUGAUGACCAUGAUGAUGAUGAUGGCGGCCAUGAUGGUCACGUGCAGCUCUCUAUUCCUGCUGGGUCUGGCUGCCGCCCAUGCUUCCUCUGGCACCAUGACCCGCACUUCCUCUUCAUCUACAUCUUCCUCCUCUUCCUCCUCCUCAGCCUCCUCCUCACCACGCAUGAAGCUCUCAUACAAAGAGUUGCAGCAGUUCCAUGGAGUGCGGAGGUUCGAGCUGGAGCGGUCCUGCUGCUUCAGCGCCCUGCUGUUGGAUGAGGAGAGAGGCCGUCUCUUUGUGGGCGCCAAGAACUUCCUGCUGUCGCUAUCAUUAGACAACAUCGCCAAGCAGGAACACAAGAUCUACUGGCCCGCUCCCGUCGAUUGGAGGGAGGAGUGUAACUGGGCUGGCAAGGAUAUCACUUCUGACUGUGUGAACUAUGUGAAGAUCGUACACCACUAUAACCGGACACACCUGUAUGCCUGUGGAACUGGGGCCUUCCACCCUACAUGUGCCUUUGUAGAGGUGGGACACAGAAUGGAGGACCAUGUGUUCAGGAUUGACCCCUCUAAGGUGGAGGAUGGGAAAGGGAAGAGUCCGUAUGAUCCUCGUCACAAUGCUGCAUCUGUACUCGUCGGUGAUGAGCUAUAUGCAGGCGUGGCCACAGACUUAAUGGGACGAGACUUCACCAUCUUUAGAAGCCUGGGGAAACGUCCCUCUAUCCGCACCGAACAGCAUGACUCCCGCUGGCUCAAUGAACCAAAGUUUGUGGGUUCCUUUUGGGUCCCGGAAAGUGAAAACCCUGAUGAUGACAAAGUAUUUUUCUUCUUCCGCGAGACGGCGGUUGAGGCCCAGGGACUGGGAAAGUCCACUUACUCCCGCAUCGGACAACUCUGCAGGAAUGACAUGGGCGGUCAGAGAAGUCUGGUAAACAAGUGGACGACAUUCCUCAAGACCCGUCUGAUCUGCUCGGUACCAGGAGCCGACGGCAGCGACACGUACUUUGAUGAGCUGCGCGAUGUGUUCCUGCUGCAGACGAGGGACAGAAAGAACCCUCUGGUUUACACUGUCUUCUCUACUUCCAGCAGUGUAUUUAAAGGCUCAGCUGUGUGUCUCUACUCCAUGAAUGACAUCCGGAGGGCCUUCCUGGGGCCCUUUGCUCACAAAGAGGGGCCCAACUACCAGUGGGUCCCCUUCCAGGGAAAAGUCCCCUAUCCCCGCCCAGGAAUGUGUCCCAGCAAGACAUUCGGCAGUUUUGAGUCCACAAAGGGUUUCCCAGACGAUGUGAUCCAGUUUGCACGUCACCACCCUCUGAUGUAUAACCCGGUCUACCCUAUGAGCCGAAGGCCCGUUUUUGUCAGAACUAACGUGGACUACAGCUUCACACAGAUUGCCGUGGACAGAGUCAGCGCUGCCGAUGGACAGUAUGAUGUCAUGUUUAUUGGCACAGACAAAGGGACAGUACUAAAGGUGAUCAACGUCCCCAAGGAGAGCUGGAACAACAUGGAGGAACUUCUACUGGAAGAGCUGGAGGUCUUCAAAGAUGCUUCAUCUAUCAUCAACAUGCAGAUCUCCUCAAAACGGCAACAGCUGUAUCUGGGCUCAGACACAGGCAUUGCCCAGGUUCCCCUUCACCGCUGCAGCGUGUACGGGAAGGCCUGUGCCGAGUGCUGCCUGGCCAGAGACCCAUACUGCGCCUGGGAUGGAACAUCUUGUACCCGCUACUUGCCAAACACCAAGAGACGUUUCCGACGCCAGGAUGUAAGGAAUGGAGACCCCAACACCCUGUGCUCUGGAGACCACCAUAAGUACCGUGUUGCAGAGAGGAAGCUGUAUGGAGUUGAGGGAAGCAGCACUUUCUUGGAGUGUAUCCCCAAAUCCCUUCAGGCCAGAGUCACCUGGACCUUUCAGAAACAUCCACAGAACGCACGGGAAGAGGUGCGUCUAGAUGACCGCAUCCUCCAAACAGACAGAGGCCUUCUGAUUCGCCGUGUCUUGAAGAGAGAUAUAGGCAUCUACCAGUGCCACGCCAUGGAACACGGCUUCACCCAAACCUUACUAGGCAUCACCUUGGAAGUUGUACCUUCAACAUCUUCAUCAGGCUCCAAUCUACCCUCCGACGCCCCUGUCCGAGUAGACCCCCGCAGCGGAGGUGGGCCCUCAAUGACCAAUCAAAAGCUUUGGUACCGGGACUUCAUGCAGCUGGUGGACCACCCUAACCUGAGCACCGUCGACCAGAUUUGUGAGCAAGUUUGGGCACGCAAGAAUGCCGGUGGUGAACAAGUGGAUAAGAUCUUUCCUGCUCCAGGGAAGGAGGUCCCGCCUCUGGGCCCAGCUGUCCGCCCAGCUAACAAGAAGUGGAAGCAUCUUCAGGAGAUAAGGAAGGGGAGAAACCGCCGGACCCACGACGGGAAACCGAACCCCCGGGCACCUCGCAGUGCAGGGGAAUAACAACGUAGAGAAAGAAAGUGAGGGAGAUAAGAAUGACUGAUACAAGGAGAAAGGAGAAUAAUAGAGACUGAGAGACCAUGAACUCCUGGAGGUGUUCACACAUACAGAUACACCCACGCACAUAAAAACACAUGCAGACACACACACAGCACCUCCUCUAUUGUGUAUAUUUAUCUAUGGAUGCCCCCACUAUAUGGUACCCCAAUCCUUGAGUCCUUGUCCCACUGGCCAGCCCCCGCAUGUGCUGCCUUACUGCCCGAAUUGAUUCUGCACGAUCCCUUUACAUUGUUCCACUAGCGUAGUCGAGUGUACAAGUAGGUAUGUGGGAGUGAAUCUCUGUGCACAAUAAACUUACACUCACCUGUCAUUCCGUUUUCCACUGGGUGUGUAUGGAAGGUGGGUUCACAGCACAGGAUUACCACAGUUUCCUUAAGUUUGCUCACUACAUGCCAGCUACACAUGUUAUAUGUGGAUAGUGGCUCACAUAAUGAACACCCACUCUCUGGACUACACCACUCAGAACAAAAACAGCCCCAAAGUCUUGGAUGAACUCUUCUAAUGGCUUUUCUUACCUGUAAAUUUCCUAACAGUGUUGAGAAAAUGGUGGACUAUAGUGCUGCGCAUAAUGGGGAGGAAUGGCGAAACGUGUCAACUGGAAUAUACUGGAAAGUAAUGGUCUCUAACUGGAAACACAUUUAACUAUUUAUGUGCAGUCGCACAAGCAUGCAGACAAACACUUUUUUAAACAUUAUUUCUACAUAAACAGAUGAAUUGCUGUGGUACUCUUGUUGCACAUAUUUCCAGUAACCUCACUUUUCACAUGGUUUUGUGUGCGCAUUACAUAAUGCACUCACAGAAAAGGUAGAGAUGCCAGCAGCGUGGGGCAGCCUGUGGAACAAAUCAGCAUGUUGCAGAACUGGUUAUAUUAUAUAGUAGGUUUCUUAGCGGUUUCCUUAGGCACAUUGAGGCAUGUUGCAGAAAAAUAAAUCACACAAUACAAUGCAGUCAUGGUUAGAGAGAAGUUGUAUCUGGCCAGAUAAUAUAAUUAUAUUGAGUUACUGGUCCAAACCACUAUAGAACGAGGGGUGGAAAAACUACUGGCAUUCCAUGAUGUGAGAGAAAGAUGAGAUGUUUACAGUACACAGGCAAAGCUGGAGCACACAGAAGUCAUACUCUAAAACAAAUACAAGCCCAAAUAAGACAUGCAUUACAUCUAAACAAGUUUUAGUUGUUUUAUGUGGCAUCUUUAAAACACAGAAAUAUUACAAUUGGAUUAUAUUAUAAUUGGAAGUGCUUAUAGCAAAAUAGUUUUGACAUGAUCCAAAACCUCACUGACAAUAAGGAGAAGUUAUGAGCGCGGUGGUUUGGGUGGGAAGCGUUAAUACGAUGAGGAGGAAAAGGAAAGAUCUUAGUGGACUCAAGUAUGACAACCCAUGUUUCUGGGCUACAGUACAGUAUAUAUAUAUUAGCAUGAUAUUUAUGAGUUUUAUGAUUUUUUUGUAUUCUAAGCGGUACUUCUACUCCUUGCUCUUUUACACUGUUCUUGCAUAUGUUGUUUGUGAUAAAUAGAUAUAUGCAAAUAAUGAGAUGAGUGAGUUGCCGAUUCCUCACUCAGCACGGCAAAAUGCACAGAGAGCUGUUCUUCUGCGCUACCCACAAUGCAUUUCAGUGUCCGCAAAAAACAAAAACAAACAAACAAAAAAAAUGUUUGACUUCUGACUUCCCGUCUGACUUUACACACUGUUGGAAUCACUUCUCAACGUAGUGUUGUAGUCAUUACUAUCAUUGACUUUUGCUGCUUAACGAUGUCAUCUCUUCCUAAUGGACAAUUAGUACUAUAAGGUCUUCCUUCUCUCUGUCUUUAGUCUGAUCUCUCUCUGUGUAUUAUCUGUAAAGAAACAUUGUUUGUUGUCUGUGUUAACAUGGUGUGUGUAGCCUGCCCCCUAGUGUCUAUUGUGUGUACAGGCUCGGAUGAGGAGCCUACCUGUCGUGCGAUCCUUCAUUAUAUCAUAGUCUAUCCACAUGAAAGAAAGCAACUGGCCUUGUAAGAUAAAACAUGCAUUUAUGUUUUGCAUUCAUGAAAAUCUUUUUAUGAUGAUUAUAUGGUCUAAUUUGUGUUGCUGCCAAACAUUUCUCAGAAGUAUCAUGAUUUUAAAGAUUUUCAGUAUAUUGAAAUUGGCUUGAAUUUGGCUUUGGUGUGUUCAUUUAUUCACACCGGUCCUGAUGACAGGAGGCAACACAAACUAGGUCUGUGAGUGGAUUUUAGAUGUAUGGAAUCAUUGUCGUUGUUAUUUAUAUACCUUCUUUCUAGAGAUGUAAUUAACUCUUUAAACUGAACUGAACUGACUGACUGACUCCUGUAAAAGGGACACUCUGCAUUUUGACACCACAUCUAUCAUCUUACAGUGAAAAGAUAACGUUUAAAUGUAGGAAGAUGCUGCAUGGCUACACAUGAGCUCACUGCAUUUAAAACACAGAACUAAUUGAGGUGAUUCAUUAAACUGAGAUUAAAUGUGGUACUUGUGUACUUCCUUUUCUUUAAUGAGAGAUAACAUUGGUAGUGACGUCAAACUUGCCUGAGUCUCCCUUUUAAGCCAGCUGUUGUUUUGUGCUCUUUUGAAAUUGCAUGACCAAUGUUAGUGGCUAACGCGUUUGACAAUGGUGCAGUGGCGAGAAAGAGCAAGAGAAAGAAAGCACAAUGUUGAAUAUUAUUAUUAUUAUUAUUAUUCCUAUGUAUUUAUGUGCAAAGAUAAGCUGAUAUGUUGUGGUGGAUUUUUAUUUUUCUUAUAAAUGUAGAUUUACAUCUGUAUUGUUCAUGUUCUGCUGAAAAAGGACUCAUCCUCAACAUUUUUUUUGGACAUUACAGCCAAUGGGAAAGUUCCUUCUGAACACAGUGUCCAAUUAGAGUCUUUGUUGCUCACACAGCCCUCCAAUCAACACCCCUGUUGUAUCCUAUGCUAUGUGACGCACCCCUGUACGAUAGCUCACAAGGAGAGGCUUGUGUGUGUGUGUGUGUGUGUGUGUGUGUGUGUGUGUGUGUGUGUUUGUGUGAGCGAGAGAAAUGUGUGCUUGUGAUUUAUGUGUGUGAGUUUUAGGGGAAAGCAGAGCUCUGUAUAUAAUGGCAAAGGAACAGCGGUGUGUGUGUGUGUGUGUGUGUGUGUGUGUGUGUGUGUGUGUGUGUGUGUGUGUGUAGAGCGGUCUGUAGGUGAAAGUUCAAAGGUCGAAGGCCAAAGUUAAUUUGGUGCACUGUAAUACUCCCAGAGGUCUUUGUGAAAUGUCAUGUCAGAUUGUUUUUGAUUAACACAAUAAAAAUAUGCAGUUACUUAAAA